GGGACAGGGACAGGGACAGGGACAGGGACAGGGACCGACACCAGGACUGGGGUAGGGAAAAAGACCUUGGAUCAGGACAACAACGGACACCCAGACAGGUUAUUCCAUUACCACCAAAGCCACCCGCGGCGCUGGAUGCCAACAAUCAAUCUCGCAAUGAUCGUAGUCGUUCGCCACCCCACCGAUCACAUUCUCCAAUCUCAGGAGCAGGAUCAGAACGUCGAUGGGAAAACUCGAGGCAGCAUCCAUCUUCACCUUAUAGAGGCAACAGCAGCAGUAACAACCACUCAUCUCAUUCUGGACUGACAACACGAUCCUAUAGUCCCACUCGUCAUAGUCAUACAUCAAGGGCACAUAUGGACCAAGUGUCACAAGGAAAAGAUCACCAAUCUCGUCGACCCCGAGAAAGUGAUUCAGAGGGUCGAUGGGAAAAGACACCACACGAAGACAAACCAUACCCAAAACUGCCUCCAGCGACCGUCAACGCUUCAUCACCCAGAGAUGAUGUAGUUCACUUUAUGCGGCGGGAAGGCCGCACUACAGAGUCGAAUAACCAAGACAGAACACCAUCAGGAACUAUGUAUCAUGAGCGGCUUGAGGCAAAUGAUGCACAUGCAAGGCGGCAUCGUAGUGCUGAAGGACCUGAAAGCUUAGGUGAUCGAUGGGAAAAGAAUGCAGUACGGGAACCGGAUUUGCCGUAUCCUGAACGGUCUCAUCAGUCCCCUGCCAACUAUCAUCAUCAAGGAAGGAAUGAUCGAUGGGGAAAGAACGAAACACAUGGGUUGAGUACUCAACAUGGCCAAGGCGAUCGAUGGGAAAAGAACUCGGCUUUGGAGCUGGAUCGUCCUAAUCAUGAUCGUUCCCAUCCAACUUCAUCACCAUCAAGUAUUAGCAAUAACUCUGGAAAACAUACUGUAAUGAAAACGCGCGGACAAAGCGGCACAUCACCGUCCACAUCCUCCCCAAACCAUGACAAGCACUCGCAGCGUGGCCAGCGUGGUAAAGGUAGGGACAGGGAUCAACACAAGCGAAGAUCAAAGGACCAACCACUGUUGGCCUCGGAUAUGGAGGAGGAUCAAGACAAGGAGGAAGGUUCGGCUGUGCCAUGGUGGGAACAAUCAACCUAUGGCAAGGCCAAGAAGGCAGAGCCUAAAAAGGAGAGCUCUCAAACUUCUACAGAACAAAAGGAAUCGAACGAUGCGAAUAAAACAGGUGCCUCCGAAGGGACCCAGUGGUGGGAGCAGUCGACUUAUAAGGUCAAGCCUAAAGCCAAUGCCACAUCUAAGGAAGCAAGUAAUGCCACAUCCCGUGGUCAGGAUGCUGAGGCAGAUAUUAUGGCAAAGCGAAGAGCACUUGGACAGCAGGUGCCUGUUUCAGGCAUAGAGGCAUUGACGCUCGUGAGCCGUGAUGACUCAGGGUAAAGGAAAGAAAAGAGGGGAAAAAAAGAAAAGAAAUCUAUAGCCAUGGAGCAAAUAGAAAAGAAGUGGUGCCGGUGCCAGUGCCGAUGGCGUUGUUAUACAAUGGAUGUGUCCAAGAAAAAGAGACAGUAAAAGCAUACUUAUGAUGGAGCGCUGGAAGAUUUAUUCAAAGAGAGACUGAGAUAACAUAGAUGGCAAAUUUAUUCAGCUCAAGCAUUAUUCCCCACCUUCUUAAUUAUUCAUUUAAAAAUCUCAUAUUCAUUUACUGAGCUCUGUCAUUUCUAGUUGAUCAUAUACACCCUUCUUUUUUCUCUUUUUUUUUUCUUUUAUGGUACCUAAUAUUCUAUGCUAUAACAUCGUCCUUGAUAGAUCAAGUCAUAGCCUUAAAACCCGUAGUGUACAAGAGCGAGUCUUCUCAGAGAUUAAAGCAAUG